UGCCGGGGAGGUAGCCGCGGCCGCCGGACGCGAAGGGCUGAGGCUUCCCCGCCGCCCGGGCCGGGGAUGGGGAACGUGGAGAGCGCGGACGGGGAGCCGCUGCCCCGGGGCCCGGGCGGAGCCCCCCUGGGGGGGUCCGGGCUGCUGCAGCCGGGGAAGAUGCCGAUGCCGGAGCCCUGCGAGCUGGAGGAGAGGUUCGCCCUGGUGCUGAGCUCCAUGAACCUCCCGCCUGACAAAGCCCGGCUCCUGCGCCAGUACGACAACGAGAAGAAAUGGGACCUGAUCUGCGACCAGGAGAGGUUCCAGGUGAAGAACCCUCCCCAUACCUACAUCCAGAAACUGCAGACCUUCCUGGACCCUGGCAUGACUAGGAAGAAGUUCAGACGGAGGGUGCAGGAAUCGACCAAAGUGCUGCGGGAGCUGGAGAUCUCCUUGAGGACCAACCACAUCGGGUGGGUUCGGGAGUUUCUCAAUGACGAGAACAAAGGCCUGGACGUCUUGGUGGAGUAUCUCUCCUUCGCGCAGUGUGCUGUGAUGUUUGAUUUUGAGGGUCUGGAAAGUGGUGAGGACGGCGCGCUAGAAAAGCUGAAAUCCUGGAGCAGAUCCAUCGAGGAUCUGCAGCACCCCAUAACCCUGUCUGCCCCCUUCACCAACAGCCUCGCCCGCUCUGCGCGCCCGUCCGCCCUACGCUGCAGCACCUUGCCCAGCAGGAAGGCGUUGAAGAACUCGCGGCUGGUGAGCCAAAAGGACGACGUCCAUGUUUGCAUCAUGUGCCUGCGGGCCAUCAUGAACUACCAGUACGGAUUCAACCUGGUGAUGUCCCAUCCCCACGCCGUCAAUGAGAUAGCGCUCAGCCUGAAUAACAAGAACCCCAGGACCAAGGCCCUGGUGCUGGAGCUGCUGGCGGCUGUCUGCCUGGUGAGGGGAGGCCACGAAAUCAUUCUCGCUGCCUUUGACAACUUCAAAGAGGUCUGCAAAGAGACGCACCGCUUUGAGAAGCUCAUGGACUAUUUCCGGAACGAGGACAGCAGCAUCGAUUUCAUGGUGGCCUGCAUGCAGUUCAUCAACAUCGUGGUGCACUCGGUGGAGGACAUGAAUUUCCGGGUGCACCUGCAGUACGAAUUCACCAAGCUGGGCCUGGAGGAGUUCCUGCAGAAGUCGCGGCACACGGAGAGCGAGAAGCUACAGGUGCAGAUCCAGGCCUACCUGGACAACGUCUUUGACGUGGGGGGGCUGCUGGAGGAUGCGGAGACCAAGAACGUGGCGCUGGAGAAAGUGGAGGAGCUGGAGGAGCACGUAUCCCACUUGACGGAGAAGCUGCUGGAUCUGGAGAACGAGAACGUGAUGCGUGUGGCGGAACUGGAGAAGCAGCUGAUACAGCGAGAGAAAGAGCUGGAGCUGGUCAAGGAGACCUUCGAGAGCACGACUCACCAGGUGCACACGCUGCGCAGGAUCAUCAAGGAGAAGGAGGCGGCUCUCCGGCACCACUGCGGCUCCUGCCAGCCCGGGGAGCCGGGGGGUGACCCGCUGCCGCCCCUGGAGGGCAAAGGGGACAUCCCCGACUACGACAUCGGCCUCCCGGUCUUGCCUCCCGUGGAGGCAGCCCCCCCUCCCCCGCCUCCCCCUCCCCCUGUGCCCCCACCGGCCCCACCACUGCCAGACAAGUGCCCCCCUGCGCCCCCACUGCCUGGGGCCUCGCCCUCCGUCGUCCUCACUAUGGGGUUGUCAGCCAUCCGGAUAAAGAAGCCCAUCAAGACCAAGUUUCGCCUGCCCGUCUUUAACUGGACGGCGCUGAAACCCAACCAGAUCAGCGGCACUGUCUUCAGUGAGCUGGACGACGAGAGGAUCCUGCAGGACCUGGACCUGGACAAGUUCGAGGAGCUCUUCAAAACCAAAGCUCAGGGCCCUGCCGUGGACCUGGUCUGCGCCAAGAGCAAGGCCUCGCACAAGGCGGCCAGCAAGGUGUCGCUGCUGGAGGCCAACCGGGCCAAGAACCUGGCCAUCACGCUGCGCAAGGCGGGCCGCAGCGCCGAGGAGAUCUGCAGAGCCAUCCACAUCUUUGACCUGCAGACGCUGCCGGUGGACUUCGUGGAGUGCCUGAUGCGGGUCCUGCCGACGGAGGCGGAGGUGAAGCUGCUGCGGCAGUACGAGAAGGAGCGCAAGCCGCUGGAGGAGCUGGCGGACGAGGACCGGUUCAUGCUGCAUUUCAGCAAGGUGGAGCGCCUGGCGCAGCGCAUGGCCAUCAUGGCCUUUCUGGGCAACUUCCACGAGAACCUCCAGAUGCUGACGCCGCAACUCAACGCCGUCAUCGCAGCCGCGGCCUCUGUCAAGGCGUCUCAGAAGCUGAAGCACGUGCUGGAGAUUAUCCUGGCCCUCGGCAACUACAUGAACAGCAGCAAACGCGGCUGUGUCUAUGGCUUCAAGCUGCAGAGUCUGGACCUGCUGCUGGACACCAAGUCGACAGACCGGAAGCUGACGCUGCUGCACUUCAUCGCGCUGACCGUGCGGGAGAAGUACCCGGACUUGGCCACCUUCUGGCAGGAGCUGCACUUCGUGGAGAAGGCAGCAUCAGUGUCCCUGGAGAACGUGCUGCUGGACGUGAAGGAACUGGGGCGCGGCAUGGACCUGAUCCGGCGCGAGUGCAGCAUUCAUGACAACAGCGUCCUGCGCAACUUCCUGAGCACCAGCGAGGGCCGGCUGGAGAAGCUGCAGAAGGACGCCAAGACGGCGGAGGACGCCUACAACAUGGUCGUGCGCUAUUUCGGCGAGAGCCCCAAGACGAUGCCCCCCUCUGUGUUCUUCCCCGUCUUCGUCCGCUUCAUCCACUCCUACAAGGACGCGGAGCAGGAGAACGAGCAGCGGAAGAAGCAGGAGGCAGUGUUGCGGGAGAAGAUGCUGGCUCAGGAGGCCAAGAAGCUGGAGAAGCGGAACAAGUGGCAGCAGCAGGAGCUGAUCGCGGAGCUGCGCCGGCGCCAGGCCAAGGAGCACCGGCCCGUCUACGAGGGCAAGGACGGGACCAUCGAGGACAUCAUCACAGACCUUCACUCCCAGCCGCUCAGACGGGCCAACACCGCCAGCCGGAGCCUGGACCCCAGGGGCCUCUGUCCUGCUCCUCCCGCCCCCUGCCCCAACUCCGCACUGAAGGACCAAAGGGACCUUGGGCGAGGCUGGCUCUGUGCCUUGGGAAGUGCCUUAGAGCGACAGUAUUAGCGAGGGCCGAGGGCCUGCACCUCUGGGGCAAAGAAGCUCCACUUCGGCAGGGGCAGGGUCGGCGUCUGCACCGGCACCGUUGGAAGGACAGUGGCAGAUGCAGCAACCCCUGGCGCUCUGGUUCCAGCAGCCGUGACCCUGGGUGUGGGGCCCCCUCCUUGCCUUGUGGCCCUGUGUUCUGAGUCUUGGGGGGCAGGGUUAGACCAAGCCCCACCGGGUCUCGAGCCAGCGCAGCCGCUGCAGGGAGGCUGUGGCCCAGGUACCGGCUAGCCCCCUCCCUGCCUUGUUCCCAGCCGCUCGGAAACGUUCCAGCCCUAGGCAGCAGCUGGACCCCCGUGGCUGCUCUGGCCUUCCCCAGGCACAACGCCCUCUGGAAAGCCAAGGCCUGACCACCAGCCUCACCUGGGGCUACACCAGAACCAGGCUCCGGGCCCCUUGCACUUCCCAUGGGGCGAUUUCCCAUUGCUGGCCCUGUGCAACACAUGAGGGGCACCAGGGCUGGGUACGGCUGACACUGGCCACGUGCCCGGCCCAGCACAGCAUGGGGUGGAUCCGGUAAUGCUGUGUCCGGGGCCAGGAACCACUGGGACAUGGGGCCUUUCCUAAACCCAAAAGCCUUCCUCCCCCUCUAGGCCAGCCUGGCCUGCUGUGUCCUCCAAGGGCAGACGUGUCCCAGCUGGGGUGGAGGCCAGGAUCCUGCAGGGAGUUGGGUACCACCUUCCACUGCAAUUUGGGCCUGAAUUAGCCUCACCCCCAAUGCUGGUGUAACACCAUCCAAGCUAGGGCCUGAGCCUCCAGUGCCACCAGAGGUUCCCCCAACCUGGCCUCCCUGGUAAUGGCCGUGAUGCCUCCUCCUUGCCGUGCCAGGCUGUAGCACCCCCAAGGCCUGUCCUUAAAGGUGGGAUGGGGCCUGGUGUGACCUGCUCCCAUUCUCAGCCAGGGCCUGCCCUGACAAACAGUGUUGUUCUCUUCCGUAAGGAAAAAGCCAGACCAACUGCUAAGUGCAGUGGACCCUGACGUACCCUGCACACGGCCUUCGCGCCUGUCUCCUUGGCAAAACAACGGCUGCAAUCAGCCUUCUCUGCUCCAACUCGCUGGGGUCUGCCACGCCUGGUGCCUCUCUGCUCUGACCUGGACCUGGGCAAACGCUGACACCCCUCACCCCCAGGAGAGGCUCGUGCGGGGAACUGCCACACCCUGGCCCACAGCCAGUGCAAGGGGGAGGGCUGGCUGCAGGGCCCCUUGCACUUUGGUGGGACAUGUCAGUGAAAUGCCCCAGUGGACCCCGGUCCAAACACAAUCAGUUGAGCAUUUGGGGUGUGAAAAAAGUCAAUGAUUUUGGGAUGGGAACAUGUCCCUACAGUGGCAAACCAGUUUCAGCUCCAGCUUGGUGGUGGUGGGGGGGGCAUGUAAACACGCUGGCAACAGUGUUAGUGGGCCUUGGAGCACACAUGCUGUGGCAGCCACUAAACCAAAGAUGCUGUCACAGCCGUGGCAGAAGGCCCCAGCAGCUGGGCCGUGCCCUGCCUGGAAGAGCGCCUAAUCCACGUGUUAGCCCUCUUCUGCAGCCAGGGGUAUGGGAGGCCGUCCCGACCCCGUAAGGGAGCUGCACGGGGAAUCAGCCUCUUCCCACCCUGGGCCCGUUAUUUUUCAGAGCAGACCAGCACUUUACCCCCCGCACUCCCUGGGCAUUUAGCUCCUGCCCCGACGCCUGGGGCUGCACAAACACUAUUGGAACGAAAGGGACCAAGGCCCAGGCCAUGGCUGCAGUGGGGCCACUGCCCGCCCCCACAUCACCGACAUGGCUGCCCGAUUGUUUACAGCGUCGCCGUUGUCGCUCUGUAGCUAGCUGUGACUUUUUGUACAUGUGAAAUAUACUGACUGUUUAUGCA